AUGUCUCAACCACCCCGCGUUACAGUUGAGAACCUCCCAGACCUCCUUAAGGAUGAUACCAAGGUAAAAUUGGCAGGAGUAGACGUCGAUGGAAUGCUACGAGGGAAGAUCGUGUCCAAGAAGAAGUUCCUCUCCAUAGCCAAAGAAGGUUUCGGGUUUUGUAGUGUCAUCUUCGGUUGGGAUAUGCACGAUAGGACCUAUGGAAAAGAACUCAAGAUUAGCAACAAGCAGAAUGGUUAUCGCGACUUGAUAGCCGUGCCCGAUCUAAAUAGCUUCCGGCGCAUUCCCUGGGAAGACAACGUUCCUUUCUUCCUAGUUAGCUUCUUCGAUGACGACGCAACUCCUGUAUGCGCCGAUCCACGCGGGCUGCUUAGAACUACCGUAGAAAAGCUCGAAAAGAAGGGUUACAAUGCCAUGGCAGGAGCCGAAAUCGAGUUUUUCCAAUUCAAGAUACCUUCUUCGAAUUCCUCCACCACAGACUCGCCCUCUCCCUCCGUCGCUUCGUUUCUUAACAGCAACCCGCCACACGCGCUGCCCCCCCUAACCGAGGGUAUGUUCGGAUAUAGCAUUACGCGGCCGACGCUCAAUAAGUCUUACUAUCACGGGGUAUACGAUGCGUGUGCCAAGUUUAGGUGCGACUUAGAAGGUUGGCAUACCGAAAGCGGACCUGGGGUCUACGAGGCGGCAUUGGAAUUUGGACAAAUCUCAGAGACGGCUGAUCGGGCAUCCCUCUUCAAGUAUGUCGUUAGGUCAGUUGCGAGCGAAUACGGAAUUACACCAUGUUUCAUGGCGAAACCUCAGCACGGUCUGCCAGGGAACAGCGGGCAUACCCAUGUGUCUGUCGUAGAUAAGGACGGCAAGAACCUAUUCUUCCGCGAGGAGAAGGAUGAGAAUCCAAAGUACCCUGACAUUGCCCAUCUCAGCGAUCUCGGGAGGCAUUUUCUUGCUGGCAUCCUGGAUGGCUUACCUGAUAUAAUGCCGAUGCUUGCGCCUACCAUAAAUAGCUAUAAGCGGUUGGUUGAGAAUUUCUGGGCCCCCGUGACCGUCUCGUGGGGCCUGGAACACCGUGCUGCAUCUGUCAGACUCAUCGCGCCUCCUACUUCUAAGCCUGGGGCAACGCGAUUCGAGGUUCGUGUACCAGGUGCCGAUGCGAACCCUUACUUUGUCAUGUCGGCUAUCCUAGCUCUCGGCUGGCGCGGUGUGGAGAAGAAACUCGAGAUCCCGAUUCCUCCUCUCGGCAAGGGUCAGGAUGUGGGGGACCUGUCCGAUCAGGGUACUCGCCUCGCGAGAAACUUAAGGGAAGCUACUGAUAGGUUUAUGAGCCAAAAUAGCAUCGCUCGCGAAGUUUUCGGUGACGACUUUGUAGAUCACUUUGGAGGUACGAGGGAAAACGAGAUACGACUUUGGGAUGAGGCAGUAACGGAUUGGGAACUGAAACGAUAUAUUGAGACGGUAUGA